GUGGAACAUUCGACGUUAUGCGUGAACUGAACACAUACCCAGAACGAUUCCAGAAUUUUUAUAGGAUGUCCCGUGAGUGUUUUUAUAAUGUAUUGGCACUUGUAAAAGAAGGCCUUGAAAAGAGAUCAACCAAUUUUAGGGAACCAAUUUGCCCAGAAGAGAGACUACUGAUUACUUUAAGAUACUUUGCAUGUGGAUGUUCAUUCAAAGCGCUGUCCUAUUACUUCGUAAAAGGACAUUCUACAGUCAGAGCGGUAGUGCAUCAAACUGCUAAAGUCAUUUGGGAAAAAUUGCAACCUAAAUAUAUGCCUAUACCGACAACAGCGAAAUGGAUGCAAAUUGCAGACCGUUUUCAUUCAUUGUGGAAUCUACCUAACUGUAUCGGCAGCAUAGACGGUAAACACAUCAGAAUACAAGCUCCACCACGAUCAGGUUCCGCCUACAUUAAUUAUAAAGGCUUUUUUUCCACUGUUUUACUCGCAGUAGCAGAUGCAGAUGGCAUGUUCGUGACAGUAGAUGUGGGCGAGUACGGACGUAAUAGUGAUGGAAGAGCAUUAAUGAACAGUCACUUUGGCAGAGCAUUACAGUCCAGUAAUCUUGAUUUACCUCAACCUCGUCCCAUACCUGGAGAUGUCAAGCAGAUUCCGUUUUAUUUUACAGCUGAUGAAGCGUUCCCCUUAAAGAAAAACAUAAUGAAGCCUUUUUCCCGUAGAGAAUUAACCACUAACAAUAGAAGGAUUUUUAAUACCAGAUUGUCCAGAGGAAGAAAGUCUGUGGAAUGCUCUUUUGGAAUGCUGGCUGCUAAAUUUGCAGUUCUAAACACACCCAUACGAUGUACGCCUGAUAAAGUUGAUAUACUCGUUCAAGCAAUGUGUGUUUUGCAUAACGCCAUAAAAGAAUGCAAUGGUACAUUCACAACGCCCCAAUACGACAAUGUGAUUCACCGUGAUUCCAUUUUGCAAUUACCACCCCUGACCCACUCAAAUGCAAAAAAUAUCAGAGAGUACCUAACCAUGUAUUUAUCAGAAUGUACCCCAAUUCCAUAUCAGGAUAGGUAUUGUGUAUAAAUAGUAAUAAAGACUAAAACUUACCUUGAACACCAAAUUUUUUUGCGAUUUUCUGCCAGGCUUGGUCCUGAGCACUCCUAUUACAAUAAUCUGAACGACUGUAGUCGUACAAGCAUGGAUAUUUUUCAAUUUCCUCGCAAAAUUGAAUGUUAAAUUCAAUAUCGUCUCGCAUUUUUAAAAAGUUUUAAGUAAGCAACAAGUGUCGUGCAACGGACGUGUCUGUUCUUGUACGCCACAAGAGACUGGAAGAAGACGUGGCAAGGGCGCGAUGGCGACCGCCAGCGCCACGUUGCCGCUGUGUGCAUUGGACAAUUCAAUUAUAUAGGAG